CUAUCCUGAACCCAAAGCAGCCGAAAGAGACACCAAAAAGCUUCAGCUUUGACUAUUCCUACUGGUCCCACACCACGCCCGCAGACAUCAACUAUGCAUCUCAGAAGCAGGUGUACCGGGACAUUGGCGAGGAGAUGUUACAACACGCCUUCGAAGGCUAUAACGUCUGCAUCUUCGCCUAUGGGCAGACAGGUGCUGGAAAAUCCUACACGAUGAUGGGAAAGCAGGAGAAGGACCAGCAAGGCAUCAUCCCACAGCUGUGCGAGGACCUCUUCUCCCGCAUCAAUGACACGACGAACGACAACAUGUCCUACUCU